ACCGACGGAAAACCAGACUGGGUGUAAGUGAUUUCAGAGCUGUUAAAAAUAUUUGUAACUUAUUUAAACAAUAAAAUUGUACAGUCAAAAUUUAUAUUAUAUUUUGUAUAAAUUUUGUGUUUUAAAGCGUUGACCACCGUGGUAUUUUUUUAAUAACACCAACCGGUACCGGUGUCAUCGAUGCUGCACAAGAUGGAUGCCAAGGGUGGAAAAAUAUUACCUCCUUUUUCUUCCUAUUGAAGCUUAUAUAAAGCUUUAUUUUAUAAACAAACUAUCAGAGAGAACGGCAAUCUAACACAACAAUGGCGUUAAUGACAAAUGAAAAGUGCAAAGUUGAAGACAUUGAAGAAGUGGAACCCGAAACAAAGGUGGAGUCACGGGGACGAGAAACAAAACUUUGCUCUGUCAGAGAUUUAACUCCAGAGGAACGGGACAGACUGAGCAGUGAGCGGACGCUGGUAUCUGAUUUCAAACAAAUUAAGCUGGAGAAAGAAGCGCAGAAAAAUUGGGACUUGUUUUAUAAAAGAAACACCACGAAUUUCUUUAAAGACAGACACUGGACCACCAGAGAGUUUGAGGAGCUUAAAGCCUGUCGGGAGUUCGAGUCCCAGAAACUGAUUCUGCUGGAAGCUGGAUGCGGGGUUGGGAACUGCAUCUUCCCCCUUCUGGAGGAUGACCUCAACAUCUUUGUUUAUGCCUGUGACUUUUCUCCUCGGGCAGUUGAUUUUGUCAAAGAAAACCCUCUUUACUGCACUGAGCGCUGUUGUGCUUUCCAGUGUGACUUAACAAGAGAUGAUCUGAUGGAAAAUGUCCCAGAAGGCAGCGUCGAUGUUGUCACGCUCAUCUUUGUCCUGUCGGCCAUCCAUCCCGACAAGAUGAAGCUGGUUUUGGAGAACAUCAGCAAGGUGCUGAAGCCCGGUGGUGUUGUCUUGUUCAGGGACUAUGGCAUGUACGACCACGCCAUGCUCCGGUUUAAAUCUGGAAACAAGCUUGGGGAGAACUUCUACGUUCGCCAGGAUGGAACAAGGUCCUACUUCUUCUCCAAAGAGUUUCUGGCUAAGCUGUUUCUGGAGGCGGGCUUUGACCUUGUGUCCAACGAGUACGUUCUGAGAGAGACGGUAAACAAGAAGGAAGGACUGUGUGUUCCGAGGGUUUUCCUUCAGAGCAAAUUCAUCAGACCUGCACAUCCACAGAGCUCCUGAUGUCACUGUUAACUCACAAAUCUCUAAGGGAAGACUGACAUGUCAGGUUUGGACUGGAUGGAAAAAUGUACAAGUUCUGUAUGAUGGGAAGCCAUCAUAGGACCACAAGGGGUUUGGGGGCAUUUUAAAAGAAAGUGCUCACUUUUCUUACAAAAUAUUUAUAAGCUGUGUAACAUUUACUCUGUAAAUAAAUUCUGAGCUUAUUCAGCUCUGAUGUUGA